CAAUUAUUGUGUUCACAUUGGCAGUAAGGUCGUUGGUAAAGAGAUGGUGUCUCAAACAACACAGGAUAGUUCGCUUUCUGUUUCUCUUCACCCUGGUGUAAUUCUUGCAAUAAGUGACCACUAUGUUCGCAGUGCAGUAGCUCUUGGAGUUCCUUUAUCGUCAAGUACGAUGAAGACAAACUUUCCAAAGGCCGAGUCUGAAGGUUCACGAUGUAGAGUGUUGGGUUGCCUGUUGGGUAUUCAAAACGGAAGGACUAUAGAAAUCAGCAACUGCUUCGAAUUAACACAAUUCAAGUUGAGUUUGAGUGAACAGUGUGAGGAUCCUACCACAAAGGUGGACAUAGCCUUUCUGUAUUCGAGAAAGGAACAAUACAAAACCAUUUUCCCUCAUUUGGAAAUAUUUGGUUGGUAUUCAACUGGCAACUCUAUUCUUCCUGGAGAUAUCUCUUUUCACAAGUUUAUGACGGCGCUUACGGAGAACCCACUAUUUCUCUGCUUGGAUACCGAGUUUUCCUAUAUCAAAGGAGAACUUCCUGCCUCUCUAUAUGCUUGUGAUGUCCAUUUUCAAGAUAAUCAGCCACAGCUGUCCUUGACUCCCAUUUCCUUUCAGGUGGCAAGUAGUCAAGUAGAAAGGAUCUCGUUGGAACACGUUGCCCGAACGGGUAUAAAUGAUGACUCAAGUGCUUCAUCAGUUCUUUAUUCUCUUCAUAGUGUUUCUAGCGCAGUAAGAAUGCUGUUAUUUCGAAUGAAAGUUCUUCGUAGCUUUUUAGAAAUGACACUAAAAGGAAACAUUCCAAAAGAUGCAAACAUAUUGCGGGAAUUGAAUAGUAUCCACAGUCAACUGGCUUCGGUGGGAGGAAAAAUGUUUAGUCUUUCGAAGGAACUUGAAGAAGACUACAAUGAUACGCUAGUCGUGAGUUAUUUAACUGCAAUCACCAAGGCACUCCACCUUCUAAAUCAAGUCGUCGAUAAAUUUCAAACGUCUCCAGAAGGUGCUCUUGGAAGUUCUAGGCAUUUUAGAGGAGCAUUCCUAUAGAUUGCUGACAAAUCUACUGGUUU